CAAAAAAGUCAUUGUAAAAAAAUUUUUUUCCAUUUAACAGAUUUUUAAGUAUUGGAACGCAUUUAUUUUGUAAGAAAGAAAUAUACAUAAGUACAUAGGUCAUAGGAAAGAAUUUAAUUUCCAUAUCAUGAAGAACAGCGGAUACAGAAUUUCAUUCAAAAAAGUAAAUCGAUUAAAAAAUCCAGAACGGUUGCGACUAACAGAAAGACAUUUUGUUAAAUUUAUUUAACUAACAGGGAAAAGUGGCACUUGCUACUUACAUACUGCGUCGUAUACUGUAAACACGGUCGUGAUGGGAGAAAGAAUGCGUCGAAGAGCCAAGUGGAUGCAAAAGAUGCAGAGAUGGAAUAUGUGCAAAAUGUGCGGUUCUUUUACAUCAGGGAAAUUGUGUAAAUACUUGUCCACCAGGUCAUAUUGCAGAUUGGUCAACUAAAGAUGAAUAUAUGGGCAGAGUUUGUAAAGAAACCAAAUACGCGUUUGGUUUUACUGGUAGUCAAGUAGCCAUUUUAGUAGGAAUUUUUUCUGGUGCAACUAUAUGUAUAUUCAUUAUACUUUGUGGAGCAAUAAUUAUACAGAGAAGAAAAAAAAAUGCUACUACAUUAAUUCAACACUUUGAAGAUAGUAUAGAGAGAAGAGAAUUCUUAAAACAUUUGGCAAUACUUAGGAAAGAAGGUAAUACAUUUCUUUCCAUGCUCAAUGAUACCAGAAGACAAGUUCGAGAAUUAUAUUAUUCAAGAAACAACGGACAUAGUGCUGUUGGGAUACAAGCAUAUAGACCAGUUCUGCGUGAUUUGGCAAGAAUAUUAGUUCUUAUUAACAGAAAAGAUGAAAGAAUACUUAUUCCACCAGAUGAUUGGCAAAGACUUUUUUCAUGGGCACACAGACUUUUAAAACAAUACAAAAAGCAUAGUUCUCCUGAAGUGACUCAACUUAUGACAUUCUUGCAACAACCAAGAGUAUCUGUUCCAUUAGUUUCACCGCAGCAAGUAAGAAUCUCACAAUCGCCUCAGCCCUAUGAACACAGGAACACUCUAACUAGUUUGACUACGUUUCAAGCUAAUACACCACUCUCAACAUUUCAAGCAAGCGACAAAUCAAGUAUUAGCCCUGUAAGCUCCAGUUUAGGAUACAUAAAAGAUAGCCCAAUGAAUUCUAGUCUUGAACAAAAUAGUUCUGGAAUAUAUGAUGAAAAACUUAGUCCAAAUGAAUCUAGUAUAGAACAAACAACUCCAUUAGUAUAUAAUAAUCAGGAUCAAAUAAAAGAACUUGCCAUUUCAACUUUUAAUCAUACUUACAAUAAUGGUACUACUCUAACGGAAUCUACUUGUGCAAUAGAUGAGUUCGAGACAAAUGAACUUAAUCAUGAAUUGAAUCUUCAAUGGGAAUUUCAAAGCACUGCAGAAGCUACUAAUUACACUAUUUUAUCUGAUUGGUCAUCUGUUCAUGAAUAUUUCAUUGAUGAUUUUACAAUUCUGGGUUUUCGCCCUCAGGAUGAAAUAACCACAGAACUAUAAACAUAUUUUCUUUAUUUUUAAUAUAAUGUUUAUACAAUUCUCCUAUAAAAGUAAUUUUGAUUUAUACAAAAUAU